UCCUACGUUCAACUGUUUAUUUAAAUCAGAUCAGCAAUCAGUAGGGUUUAUCUCUGCAUGCUUAUUCGUAAACAAAUGUGAAUACAUAAUAUAGAUAAUAUAUAAUAAAUAUAUAUUAUAGACGCAUCUAAUUCCGUAAAAGACAAUAAUUUUUUAUUAUCCUAUUGAAAAAAAUAUAUCAUUAUUUAUUGAGUUGUCAUUCGCUGCAGUUAAUCUAAAUAUUUAAUUAUUUAAUGCGCAAUUAUUAAUAUGGAGACCGGACUGGCAGAUACCACUACCAUGACAUCAGAUUCAUCGAAUCCAUCGGAAGAAAGUGAUGAAGAAAAAUUAAUGGAUGAAAUGGACAAUUUUUACAAAGAAAUUACAAGCAUGGAAAGUGAUGAGGACACAUUUACUUUGAGAGUCAGUGAGGACAGUGGUGUUGAAGAAAAUCUUGAUGACAGUUUUGCUGUUAAGAAUACCGGAGAGUCUAAAGAAGCUGAGUCGUGUGAAAUUUCUGGUAGGCUAGGUAGGAAAAGUGAUAGGAUUUUAAGUGAUGAUUAUUAUGAUGGUAAUGAUGAUGAUGAUGAUGAUGAUGAUACGGAGAGACCCGAUCAAAAUAGACAAGCUCUAGUCGUCGAUACCCAAAUCACGGAUAGAGAAAUACAGAAUAAUUACGUGGAAAGUAUGAGUGAAAAAGUUGCAGCUGAAAAUGAUGGACAGGGUCAUAAUGAAACACGAGAUAUAUACUUGGAAAGUUUGAAUGAUUUCAGUCAAAAUAAUAACCAGCAAGAGGACAAUGUAGACUUAAGCUCGACGGAAAAACCGCGAGAAAUGUCACAAGAUACUAGUGAUGAUGACCAAGUGAACGUUGGUGAAAAAAAUAUUAAUUUGAUAGAAAAACAGAGUGACAGUAUGCCGUCUGAGCCUGUCGAAAAUUUUGAUCUAGAAGAUGGGGAACUAGUUACUAGCCAUGAAAGAAGACAGUGUCAGAGUAAGCAGGUUGAUGUUAAUUCUGAUCUAGAAGAAGGUGAAAUAGACGAAAAUGUAGAAGUAGGAUUCCAAUCUCUGCGACAUGAGAGAGAAGGUUCUGCUGAGUUGAUUGAAGUGCGGAACGAAGUAAACGACAGGUUAUUUGGUAUCGAUGUCAGUGAUAAUUCAUCCGAUGAAUGUACAAUAGUGUACUCAGAUCAUGACUCUUGUUAUAAAUAUGGUACAGAGAGUGUAUGCUCAGCUGAAAAUUUUUCUACCAGCAACGAUGAUCCAUGGGAGUUAAUAGCAUCCCCGUCAAACGACUGUGUUAUUAUUGAUGACUUUGUUAUUGUAGAUGAAAUUGAGAGCUUGCCGAAGUCUAAUGAUAAUAAUAAGCGUGCAAGUGACCGGAAAGAUAAGACUGAGAAGAAUGAAGAUGGUAAAAAAAAGUCGAAGAAAAGGAGACUGUCAAAUUCGCCAAUUGAUUGCAAUUAUUUUACAGAAGCUGAAGAUGAAUCGAGAAGCUGCGAAAAUGUCAGUGUAGACUACAACGAUUUAGUCGGAAUUUGUAGCAAAGAAGAGGUCGCUGAGCUGGCUGAUAAUGAGGCCGAUAAUGAUUACGAACCAAAAAAAAAAAAAAGUUACGCGGGUCGCGAACACAACCAUCCACUUUUCCGGGAUAUUGACGUGGAAUUGUGUGAGAGGUUGAUGCGAGUUAAAAAACAGGGCACCAUUAUCAUUCGUCCAAGCAGCAAAGGUCCUGAUUACCUUAAAAUAACCUGGAAAGUAACUGAUGAUAUUUAUCAGCACAUUAAAAUUAAGAAGAAACUUCGGUCGUCUGAAGCAGUCAGAUAUUGUGUUGGCAGCAAAGACUUUGUAGAUAUUGAUGAAGUAGUAAAUAAGUACGUAAAGCCAAUGGCAGAUAAUGCUCGUAAGUUGCUUGAGUUCAAGCAUUACAAGAGUGCGGUCAAUGGCGUGAAAGCAACUGCUGAAAAAUUAUUGACAGCGGAAAAAGAAAAAAAUCCCAAUGGUAUUCCGUACAUAGUGACGGCUGUAAAACGAUCUCCUGGUAAAUUUUUGAUAUCGUAUUUACCUCGAGUUACUUGUUAUCAUGAGUACAUUAAAAUAACACCGGAAGGUUUUUGUUUUCGUGAUCAACCGUUUGAUAAUCUUAACGAAUUGUUUAUAUACUUCAAAGCAAACUCGAAAGAAGUUAAAAAUGUUUCAUUAAAAGAUGAAACAGUAACAUCAACAACUGCUACUCCACAUCCACAUCCGAGACCACUGACACCACGUUCUCAAACACCGAGACCAUCAACACUACGAGCAGAAUCACCAGAAAUAGAUAUGACUCCAAGAAUUCUAGAAGCCAUCCAGGAUAUCCCGGAUGAGAAAUUAGAGUCAAUUCGUCUUAUCCUCGAACGUUUUACUCAGCCUACUCUUGAUCCAGCAUCAGCAGCAGCAGCAGUUGCUGCUUACAGUCAUAAUCCAGCUCCUUUUUUCAACCAGAAUCCAGCUCCUGUACCAAGACCACCGCCGCCUACUGUUUACAAUAACUUCCCUCCUUAUCAGCCUGUUUAUUACCCAACUAUUAAUUAUUCAGCCUACCCAUCAGCAUUCAGGCCAUACUUACCCAAUGUGCAUUAUAAUCCACAGCCUGUGCCCUAUCCACCUGAGAGAAAUCACGGAGAAAAUUUACCAGCACCACCUGGCACAAAUUAACUUCAAUAAAAGUAAGGACUUUGAAAAAUUUAUGCAGCCAAGUGAAAGUUCCUGAUGCUGCCAUUGAUCUCAAUUUAGUUUUAU